CGCGUUUAUAGAUCAGCCGUGUGCACGUGACCAGCAGGCAGCCGGCAGGAAGGCGCAUUUCAGAACUUUUACUCGGGCCCCCCCCGAAAAAAGGGGGCGCGGGGGACAUCUUAGGAGUUACAGUGGCAUCCCCUUAUCCGCGCUUCGCUUUUUCUGUUUUCAGUUAUCUUUAGCCAGCCGUGCUUGUAAAUAUUGCAAUAAGGUGAUGUGAGCGACCACACUAACAUUUUUCUUCUUACGUUAUGCUGCUAUAGUUGUUAUAUUAGUGCGAUUAAUUUCUCGUAGUGCUUAAUUUAUAAAUUAAACUUGGUCACGUGUAUUUCUUCCAUAGGGAAAACCGUAUACGUAGGGUCGGUGCCGGUGGUGAUUUCAGGCUUCCACGCCACUGCGGGUCUUUGAACGUACUUCCUGCUCCCAUAGCUGCUCCACACCGGCCACCGCGGAUGAGGGGGUGACUCCUCAAUGUAUUAAGGUCCAGUGUUUUGACUACUGGUAACAAAGUGGGGGCCAGAGAUAAUGCUUUUUAAAAAUACUGCUCGCUUUUGAGCUUAUCUUUUCCAGUCAUUAGUAUUUCCUGCCAUGGUGAAUUACUGUCAGUCAGGGAUCCUGAAGCUGCUUACGCCGUCCUUUAAAAAGUUGCUGUCCUGGGGACCGACUAUGACAUACUUGAUCAGGUCUUUGCCUCUCAAGGGAUAAUGGAAGCUAGACUAGAUAGUAUGAGCUUCACUGGUAUUCAACAGAAUUUAAUGUUCCAGACACUACUAAGUUAGGUUUCAUCUUGCAUUGGAAUUGUGAAACUAGACUGGUAGCCUAUUCCUCCUGAAAUGUUGGAGUUGAGAAGGAAAGGAACAAUUAAUGGCAAGUGGAAAAAUAAGGAACGGAUUCUCAUCUUUUCCUCCAGAGGAAUAAAUUUCAGAACAAGACAUUUGAUGCAGGACUUGAGAAUGUUGAUGCCUCACUCAAAAGCAGAUACUAAAAUGGAUCGCAAAGAUAAGUUAUUCGUGAUUAAUGAGGUUUGUGAAAUGAAAAACUGCAACAAAUGUAUUUAUUUUGAAGCUAAAAAGAAACAAGAUCUCUAUAUGUGGCUUUCAAAUUCACCUCAUGGGCCAUCUGCUAAAUUCCUUGUUCAAAAUAUUCAUACACUAGCUGAGCUGAAGAUGACUGGAAACUGUUUAAAAGGUUCUCGACCCCUUCUGUCUUUUGACCCCACAUUUGAUGAAUUACCACAUUAUGCAUUGUUAAAAGAACUCUUAAUUCAGAUAUUUAGCACCCCACGGUAUCAUCCCAAAAGCCAACCAUUUGUGGAUCAUGUGUUUACAUUCACAAUUUUGGAUAACAGGAUAUGGUUUCGGAACUUUCAGAUCAUAGAAGAAGAUGCUGCUCUUGUAGAAAUAGGACCUCGUUUUGUCUUAAAUCUCAUAAAGAUUUUCCGGGGAAGUUUUGGAGGACCAACUUUAUAUGAAAAUCCUCAUUACCAGUCACCAAACAUGCAUCGGCGUAUUAUAAGAUCCAUCACAGCCGCAAAAUACAAAGAGAAACAGCAAGUGAAAGAUGUGCAGAAACUAAGAAAGAAAGAACCAAAGACUGUUCUUCCACAUGAUCCCACUGAAGAUGUUUUUGUUACACCAGCUGAGGAAAAACCAGUAGAAAUACAGUGGGUAAAACCAGAGCCAAAAGUUGACUUAACAACAAGAAAGAAAAGAAUUUACAAAAGGCAAAGAAAAAUGAAGCAGAAGAUGAACAGUAGGAAUACAAAAUGAGUCAAUGGAGAAUUGAUUUUUCAGUUAUUUUAUAUUUAUUUUGUAUUCAUUGUGUAAUACUUUUAUUCAGGACUAUCUUAAUAGCUAAUUAUUGUAGCAUUUAAAAAGAAAGAAAAGUUACAAUUUUGUGGCUUCAGUGAUGGCUAUGUUUUUCUAAAUAAAGUAUCACCAGAACUCAUCAAUUAA